UCCAGAUGUAGGUUGUCAUGGAUAAAUAAAAUCUACUAUAGGGUUAUAAAUAGACGGCCGGAAAAGUGGAAGCGAGGUUUUGGUAACUCUACACCCCCGAAUAUUGUAGUCGUGGCACUGUCUUCAGAAACUCUGAUCCACGAACAAAGCCAGUUUUGAAUCGUCUUGGACAACAUCAAGAAAGCAAGCACAAUGAAGAGUUUAAUCCAAGCAGUUUAUUUACUCGGGCUUUAUGCCAUAUCACAGGCCGAGCUUCUCGUCACUAAACAAGUAUAUUUUGACGUCAGUAUUAAUGGAAAAGAAGCCGGAAGAAUCGUCUUCGGAUUAUUUGGAGAUGUAGUACCAAAAACUGUUGAGAAUUUCUACCAACUAGCAACUGGAGAACCAGGAUAUGGAUACAAAAACAGCAGGUUCCAUAGAGUUAUUGACGAUUUCAUGAUUCAAGGGGGUGAUUUCACCAAAGGAGAUGGCUAUGGAGGAAAAAGCAUUUAUGGUGAAACAUUUGAAGAUGAAAACUUUGAUUUAAAUCAUUAUGGCUCUGGAUGGUUGAGCAUGGCUAACUCAGGAAAAGACACCAAUAGAUCUCAGUUUUUCAUCACCACAACUAAAACCGGAUGGUUGGAUGGUAAAGACGUUGUUUUCGGUAAAGUUUUAAACGGAAUGGAUGUGGUCAAGAAGAUUGAGAAAGUUCCCACUGAUGCAGUCAAUGAUAGACCAAUGGUAGAUGUUUUAAUAACUGACUGUGGAUCUAUAGACGUAAGCAAACCUUUCCCCGUAGACAAAGUUGGUGUUGAUGCAGCGUGAAAUAUUACUACUGUUUUAUCAUCCAACAUUUAACUCUCUUUAUCAUUUCAUUAGUUUUUUUACUGGUUUUAAACAUUACUUCUUCAAUUCUCAUUAUUAAGCUACUUGUACAUUUGAACACUUCUUUCUUAUAAUUGAGGGUGGGGUAGGCUGUACUAAAAAUUAUAAAUUAUUGAAUCUACAGUAAUUACAGCACUCAUCAAACAUACAAUACCCCUAAUUUAGCAAAUGGACUCUCCUGAACAUACAUCAUACUAUAUUAUAUUGAUUCAGUGUAUGCAUGUGUGGAAGAGUUCAAUAAAAUUUCAAGGGGUGUCAUCCCAGUGUAAAAAGCAUUCUGUAUUUUCUAUGUUUUCAUUAUGUAUUUCUGAAUAUUGUUAAAUUUGUUACAGUGGGGCAUGAUCUUUAGUCACAUUCAGAUACGAUUUAACACGUACAUGUUCAGUCCACUUGAUCUUUGGGUAGUUUGAGUAGUGAUGAACACAAUAUAGGUCUGACUUGUAUAGUUUCAAUCACUCUCUAUUCUGAUUCUAAUAAAAUAGAUUGCUCUAGUUUAUGUUUUUAGUUGUUUCUGAAUGUUUAUAAAUAUCUUUGCCCCACUUUAAUAGAAAUUUGUUGACAAUUUUUGUUGUUUACAUUUUUAUACUUAUAUAGAAAUAUUAAUAAAAAUAUUAGAUAAAU